GAAGGAUUCACAGCAGAAACAAGCAGAUGGCUUAUUAGUUAAAUAGCAAUAUGAAUUUUGAAGUUGUUGGGAAAAUUUAAGAUGGCAUGGCCUUGAAGAUUUGAUUUUAAGGGUUAAAAGAGAUGGAGAUUGAUAAGGAGAUAAUUUCACGUCUCCGUAGUCAGCUGAAAGAGGCUGAAGAGGAAAGAAGAAAGGCAGCGCAAUAUGGUUUAGAACUGAUGGAGGGGCAGAAUGUGUUGCAGAAUCAGCUGGAUGAACUGCAAAAUGAAAUGGUCACUUUAACAGAGACGUUUGAACAAGAAAAAUAUACUCUCCAGAGAGAAUUAGAACUAAAGACUAGAAUGUUGGGAAGUCUAAAUGCUGAAUAUGAUACUCUGAAGCAGCUACAAAAUAUACAGCUAGAUACGCUGCGUGAACAACUGGAGAGACUGCAUGGACAAGAAAUAAAUGAACUUAAGAAUAAGGUGGAAAAACUGAAAUCCGAGCUAGAUGAAAGUCUGCUUAGUGAAAAGCAGCUGAAGCACAAAGUAGACCAUCUUAAGGAGGUCAUUACUUCUAAAUCAGAAGAACUACGUGUAAUGUCAGAGCGUGUUCAUGAAACAAUGUCUUCAGAAGUGCUCAGUCUACAACAUGAGCUAAUAGCUCUUGAAAACUCAAAGGGAGAACUUGAGGAUAGGUUACAUGAACUGCAAUACAGCAAAGAACAACUAGAACUUGUAAAUAGCAAUCUCAGUAAUCGUGCCUCACGUCUUGAAGAAGAGAGAGAAGAUAAAGAAAAAGAUCUUGCUUCUUACUGUAAUGCAUUAGAGAAAGCUCGUGAGGUGAAUAGGGAACUUCAGGCUCAAUUAGAUCAUGCACUACAAGAGGCCUUGGAUCCUUCCAGUAAAGGCAAUUCUUUGUUUGCUGAGGUGGAGGACAAAAGAGCAGAAAUGGCACAUCAGCUAAUCAGUGCAAAAGUAAAAUAUCAGUUACUACAAAAACAGCAUACUUUUAUGAGAGAGCAACUGCAAAGAAUAAAGCUACAGAUGGCUACACUGCUUCGGAUGAAGGGAUCACAGGGAGAGCAUGAUCAGCUGGAACGUUUGCAAAACAUGCUUCAACAAAAGAAUAGUGAAAUAGAAGAACUUAUAAUGAAAGUGAAGCAGCUGGAAAAGUCUAAGGUGUCUGAAAACUCAAAAGAACUGAUGCUUUAUAAUGUUUCUGAAUGCACAGAAUUUGGACAGGGCUAUUACACAGACUUACUGCGGAUGAAGCUUGAGAACUCUGAUAAGGAGAUAGAAAAUUUGAGAAGUGAAUUGUCCUUACAGCGGAUGAAAGCUUUGUUUGAAAAUCAGCGGGUUUUGGAAAUUGAGCGGAAACUUUUUGCAAGUGAAAGACAGCUUGAGGCUUGUCAAAGUGACAGUAUAAAUUUGCAAGUGCUCCUGGAAGAAUUGAGAAUCAAGUAUGAACCUGAAGAGUUAAUGAAAAAUCCCAUCAGUUUUAAGAAGGCUCCAGGAAACGUGGCUUCUGCUAACUCAAGUAGCAUGAGGAUCUCUGCACAUGAAACUGCUUCAUUGCUGUCUCAAACAUAUGAAGAGAUUAUAAGUGAAAACGCCAUGAAAACCUCUGUACAAGCUGUACCAAUGAACGUAAUUCUACCUUCAGCAAUGCAUCAGAAAACUGAUCAGCCUGAAAAGAAGAGAGUUAGUAUCAAGGAGGAAGAGCCUGACAGGAAAAGUAUAAAAAAGAAAGAUGGGAAUGAUACUGCACCUUAUCCUGUUACCAGGUCGACAUCUGAACUUGGAGUAAAGACAGAAGAAAACUAUGCUGGUGCAGCUCAAGAUGCAAGUAAACAGAAGAAAAGCCAAAAGAAAACAUACCCUGUAAUACGUAUGUCUUCCAGAGACGCUCCUGAAACGCAGUGUGCUCAACAGUAAUUUUGAAAAUAUUUGUAUUGCU